AUGUGUACCCUCCCGUCACGGCAGGGCGCCGGACCGCUCGUCGGCGCCGUCUGCCUGCUGCCGCGGCUCUCGAAGUGCCGCUUGCACUCCUCCGUCGCCGCUGUGCUUGCACGCCUGAGGUGGGCCGGAUCCGCGCCCGUCGCCGAUUACGUGGUCGCGGCGCUCCGCCGCUUCGCGGACCGCGGCCGCACCCUCGCCUGCACCAUCCACCAGCCGCGCGCCGAGACGUUCCGGCUCUUCCACCAGCUGCUGCUGGUCAAGGCGGGCGAGACGAUGUACUGCGGGCCGGUGGCGCAGGCGACGGCCCUGGCGGGGACGGUGCCAGUGGACUCGCAGGUGCCCGACUUUCUUCGCGGCUGCGGCGUGCAGUGCCCGCCGUCGGUGAACCCCGCCGAUGUGGUCGUCGACCUCACGCACACCAAGGAGGCGGACGCGGACGAGGACGGCGGCGAGGCGGUCGACUUGGUGGCGCGCUUCGCAGAGCGCGAGAUCGAGGCGGAGAUCGACUCGGUCGAGAUCGGCCGCCAUCCCGCGCUGGCGGACCUGGCGGCCCAGUCGCUCAAGGCGCCGCAGGAGGAGGAGGGGCGCGGCGGCUGCUGCGGCGGCGGCGGCGGCGGCGGCUACCCAAACCCGCUGCUGCACCAGGUCGGUGUGCUCGUGCGGAGGCAGUGGACGCUGGACUUGCGCGACUUCGGGUACAAGUUCACUUGGGUCCUCAACGGCUUCGUGCUCGCCCUGAACGCCUCCACGUACCUCCUCGUCGCGCAGGCCCGCUCACCCAGCCCGCCGCUCGACGCGCAGCCCGCCUCCGUCUACCGCGACGACAUGGGCUGCUCGGCGAGCCUCGGUAGCGGCGACGGGGUGCAGGGGUGCGUCUGCCACUUGGACAUGGCAGACAGCGCCGACGGCGGAUACACCGUGGCCGACGACGCGCUGGUGGCGCGCACCAACGUUGACUUUGCGCACCGCGGCCUCCUCUUCCUCCCCUACCUCCAGAGGCACCUCGCCUGGCUGGUCAAGCUCGGGCUCACCGCGGCGCUCAAGGCGCUCUUCUACACGCCCUGCUUCUACUUCCUCGGCCAGCUCCGCCUCGACGCCACGGCCUACCUCGCCGCCGCCUUCGCCACCGGCGGGAUGGGCUUCGCCGGCUCCGCGGUCGCCAUGCUCAUCACCACGCUCAUGCCCGGGCUCGGCGCCGCCACCACCGCCUUCGGCUGCGCGGUGCUCCUCUACCAGAACGUCUGCGGCUUCUUCCUCCCGAUCGCCGCCAUCCCGCCCUACCUGCUGUGGCUCGCCUGGUCGUCCGUCUUCACGUACGGCUACUACGCAAUCAUCAACUCGCAGCAGCUCGGCACCGUCAUGACGGGCGCCGGCGAGAACGUCGAGGACCGGCUCGUCUUCGCCUUCUGCUUCGUCCUCUACGCGUGGUGCUUCCUCUUCCACGGCGUCGCCUACGCCAUCACUCGCGCCUACUCCUCCCACCACGCAACCUACCUGGGCCCCGACGGGCCGCGCAGCGCGCAGACCCGACGCGCGGCCGCCGCCGCCGCCGCGGCGGGUGGCGGCGCCGCCGCCGCCCCGUCGCCGUCGCCACCGCUCGGCGCGACGGCCGCGAUCGCGGACUUGCGCCCCCCUCCGGUGACGCCGCCCGACGAGCUGCCCUCCGCUCCACCGACGCCAAAGUCAAGCAGCAAGCGGCGGGGCGGGCUCGCCACGCCGGCGUCGGCCACGUCGACGCCGUCGCGCUGGAGCAAGGUGCGCGACGUCGUCGCCGGCGCCGACACGUCACGCGGCGACGGCGCCGCGGCGCUGCGCGGGCAGUACCCUCUCUCGCCGCUGCGGAGGACGCUGGACCAGGCGCGCGCGCGGCUGGUGUUCGUGCAACGGCGGCGCUGA